UUAAAGACUUAAAUUUAUUUUUUAACAAUGCUGAACCACGACAUAAUAUUGGAAUGGAUAAGGCAGGUGCAAAAGAUCUUUAUUCCAUGUCACAAACAACAAACACACACCAUGCACUAUAUCAUCAUGUUUAUAAAACCCGAUCAUUUCUUUCAUUCUUCCUCAUCGAUAUCAUAGAAAGAAAGGAAACAAAAUAUUCCGUUUUAGUAAUAUUGUGAACAUAAAAAAUGUCCAGUGUAACCCGAACCAUUACUAGUUGUGUUAUAUCAUCGAUCGAUUCAUACAAGAAGGUGAGCCUGAGGUUUCGGGUCAAUUGUGCUUUAAGUAAUUCGGUUGCUUCAAAUCCGUAUACAAUUUUAAGGAUUCAUCCUGGUGCUUCUAAAAGUGAUGUUAAGAAAGCUUUUAAACAACUUGCUUUGAAGUAUCACCCCGAUGUAUGCAAAGGAACCAGUGACGGAAUCGAAUUUCACCAGAUCAAUGAAGCUUAUGACAUGGUGAUGAAUAAUUUCAAAGACACAACGAGUGAAUAUACGAAUGGGUCAGCCAUGGAAAUGGAUGAACUAGUGAGGGAUACGGAUGAGCCAGAUUGGGAGUUGUGGGAAGAAUGGAUGGGAUGGGAAGGUGCCGGGAUUAGGGAUUACUCUUCACAUAUCAAUCCUUACAUCUAAGACAACCGAGAUCAAGAAGAAACUUGGGGACUUAAGUGUAUAGACUCUUUUGUACAUAAAUUUGGAGACUUUGAAAUGUAUAUAAAUCUUGCAGGGGCAAAUAAAUAUGAAUCGAUGUAUAAAAUAAAUCAUUGUAUAUAUGAAAGGGGUUUGGUUAAUUGAA